UACAAACGUUCUAGUAGCGCCUAAAUACUCUUUCUACGAUCGGACCACAUGGCGUGAACAUGCGCAGAUUGUAUUUGCGCGUGAAAUUUGACUCGUUGUCACGUAUACUUUUAAAUUCGAUUCUUAAUAAACUAAGCGUUUAUUCGUGUUAAUUUACUUGUUAAUUAAAUUCUGUCUAAUUUCGGACCCUAGAGAAUCGCGAUAGUGGAAAUCAUAAAUAGAACAUCACGAUGGGUUCGCUGAAACCGGUGACCCCGACGUGAUCUGUAACCGCCAAAUCUAUUAAGAAUGAAAAAGAAACUCAUAAAUAUAUUAAAAAAGACUUGAACAAACAUCCAGAAGAAAAUAAUGGAAAGUAACUAAUCUCCCAAAGAAGCAUUCGAAAGUUAUCAAUGAACUAUUCAAAAAUCCUCCAAGAAAUGGACGAUGCUUCUCUUCUCCAAAAAACGUUCCCAAAUACAGAAAAUGAAAUAUUAAGCUACAAAAAGCUCAGUAAAGUGUUAAACUUCGGAAGGAUGUAAAAAAACACUCCAAAAGUAUUUAUUACCAUUUAACUUUAUUCGAAGAAAGUAUUAAAAUCAGAAGUAGUUGUUCACUGUAUAUUUGAUUUGAAUUUGAAGAAGGUACAGAAAUCAAAAGUAAAUUGUUCCAUUUGUACAGUGCUCCACAGCCAGUUAAUUAAAAUUAAAAGUGUAUACUAUGCAGUAUAUGUAGCUGAAAAUGAAAAAUUUUAUAUCUGCACGUGAAAUUGAUAUCUCGAUAUCUCAGCUAUUUCUGUUCCUAUUAACAUGUUUCAGGACUUUUUAUACGCGCACGGUGACACUUAACAAUUGGACAAUCGUUAAAAUUAAAUACAACAUGGCUUAAAAGAAUAAAUCGCUAUUAACAUUUUUGGCCGUUUUGAUCAAAGAAAAGAUAUGCAGCUACCGUCUUAACUACUUAGUGCGAGACGCUGCCGCGUCUCACGAUCCCUUUAUAGGAUUCUCGAUGAGUCUCAAUCACACCGUCAGUAUUUCCAAACGAUGCUCAACACACAUUGAGAUAUGUUUUGAACAUAUAUAUUUGUAGUUAAUGUUUUGACAAUUUGAGCAGGAUCUGUCCUAGCCAAUUAUUGCAGCGCCCUGAAUAUUAAUACAAGAAAAUGAGGAAUGUUGGAAACUGAAUGGAAGCUGAUUUUAUCUAACAAAUGUUUAUAUAAUGAUUAAGACAAUGUAUAUCUUGAAUCUUUUAUGCUAGCACUCCAAAAAUUUUCGAAUCAAUGUUUCAUCAAUGGGAAGGAGUUCUUAUCCUUCGAAAAUAAGAUUAACUAUAGCAACGAAGAUAUCGAACAAACCGCGAGGAACAACGAGGUGAUACAAAAAAGAUGACGGAUAAAGGGCAAGACAAGACUGAGGAUAGGAAGAUCGACAAAGGUCAUGCGAGGCGGAAAGAUCACGCGAGGAAUGCGGUAACUUUCGACAAGAUUUGCAAGGAAAUCACUUUACAAGACAAAAUAUUCCAACGUAAUUGGCCUAUAAAAUACGAACACCUAACUGGUGAAUUCUUUAAAAAGGUGCUGGCCGAAGAGUGUAGAAAGGAGGGACUUCCGGCAGACUCCUUCGAACGCAAACCAUCAGAGGAUGCGAUUAAACGCUCGCCGAUUCCACUAAAACCGUCGUCGACUAUUCCCAAAACGACAUCCGGAAUGGUGGGCCUGCGAUCAUUUGGCCCCGAAUACAGUCUCGAAUUCACCGGCCGCUGGUAUAUUUCGCCAAAAUGGACGAUCGAACCACCCGAAGAACCCGGCGAGUUCCGCGUUAGACAACAAAGGUUCAUCUUUCUCGGUUAAAAUUCCAUGAUUGUAAAAGGUACUCCAAUUAUCGGACUAUUGAAAAGUAUUUUUCAUUGCCGUUUUGUAUACUACAUAAGGCAAUUAAACUUUCAUAAAGCCCGUAA